AAAAAAAAAGUGAUUUCGAAAUUGAACACUAGAUGGCGCAGAGAUCUGUCACAUUUAAAUUUCCCGCUGAAAAACUUAAACACCAGAGGGCGCCGAGAUCUGUCACAUUUAAAUUUCCCGCUAAAAUGUUUGAACACCAGAGGGCGCCAGAAAAAGUUGAUGAUCCAAUUAAUUCGUCAUUAAUUAAUUAUCGAAGGUCAAUUAAAAGAGAAAGUUUGAUAUCAAAUUUCAAUUAAAUUAAUCGGUCGUUAUCAAUUUAAUUGUCAUUAAUUAUCAAUUAAUAUGUCAUUAAUUCACUAAUUAAUUUUUAAAUGGGUCCCCCUUUCUACUUUUGGAGUUCACCAUUUCCGGUUCCGAUGUGGUUGGCUUGGGCGUCGCUGGUAUCGGUGAGGUCAAUUCCGCCGGAGGCGGAAUUCUGAUGAGCGGAACUCUUUUUGGUUUUCGGAUUUUCGUCCGAUCCCCGAUGGCAUCAAAAGUGCGCUUUGUAGGCACAGUUUUGUGAGGGAGUUUUGGCCUGGACCUCACUUUGAAAAUGGUUUGGUUCGUUUUGAGAAAAACGCUUUUUCACGCAAGGUGGAGCGCACAACUAGCACAAGUACAAGUCGCAAAGGGUUGUCGCUAAUCUGAACAGUGAAAUUGGCAUGGUUGGACGUAUUACGGUAAAUAAUGUCCGACUCAGAAACGACCCCCAGCGAUUGUAACAGCCCCCAAAUUCAAGAACUGAACAACUUGCGGCACCUCCUCAAAUUACAACGCGACAGGUACACCCAUCUCCAAAUACUAUACCAAGCUGUGGCCGAUUUUAUAUCCACUGCUGGUGCCUUGAACCCUGAACUUGCAACCAAAGUGGAAAAUAUUUUACAUGAGCAAAGUUGCCAGCAAGUUGAUGUGUUAGACAAUGAAUACACACAGUUACUAGGAUUACGAUCUUCAGGAAACAGUGAGUUAAGCUUUAACGAAGGUCGCACUCUCAGAAAAGAAAUAGGGCUCAUUUUGGAGCACAAAUACAAGAAAGUUUGUGACGAGUUUUUGAAAGCAACUUCGCAGAAUGUGAACUCAGUGGAUGGUCGUGACGGUUGUGAUUUCAGUGUCAGGCCUGAAGAUAACACGUUGGUGGUGUUGAAGAAAAAACUGGAGGAGCAACAGCAAAAGUAUUUAGAAAAUGAAUUAACUAAAGAGAAGAUUUUGGAAGAUAUUGCUAAACUACGACUGGAAAAAUUACCAAAAGUGUGUGAUGAAAAAAUAAAAGAAUGUCAAAUAAGGGCCCAAGUGGGCGAACUAAGAACGAAACUUGCGUGCGAGACUUCCAGAAUUGACGUAUUUAUGGAGAGAAGCAACUCGUUGAAAGCCUACAAGGAGCUGCUAAAGGAUAUAAAGGAGCAACAACUUGAAUGUGAGAGCGAGAUUAAACACUUGCAAAAGAUGAGGGAGAAGUACAAACAAGUGGCCUGCAAGCAGUUUGAUCAGAUUUUGAAGUCCUACGUGGAAUACAAAGCCGCGCUUUCAAGAAAGCCUAAAACUUCCAAGAGGGAACAACCACCAGCUGAACCAGCUGAAGGUGAAAACGAGACAACCGAAAAAAAAAUUACAAAACGCAAUAAAGCAGAAGUGAGUAUAUGUUGCCACCAAGUCUUUUUUGUUUUAUGAAGUGUAUUUUAGCCU